CCUUAUUCACUGGAGUUCUGGCCAAAGGAGAUUUAGAUUUUUAAGUGACCAAUUUGCAACAAUUUGUGGUGGUCAUCAGACUUACUGUGGCAUAAAAUCGGGCGUUUCAGCGGAAUCUUUGUGCUUGUAGGCCUGUGGAUGCCGUGCAAACAUGAACUUGGUCGCUGUGGUUGCCCUGACUUUUAGUCUUACCUUAACUGCUAUCAAAGCCAAUGACACUAUAUGCUACCUCGGCCAAGAACCCAGAGCUGAUUCUACGGGUUUACUAUGGUAUCUCACCGUGGCACGCCCAACCGAGUGCACGGUUUAUCGCUGGGGCGGCUUCAACGCGCAGACGCUCCUUACCACGCUGCGAUACUCGACAACUAUUGGCGGUGACCGAGAGGCGUCCAACCUGUGGGCCUCAAAGGAUGAAAGGUCCAUCUACCGUCGUAGAACGAGGCCCUGUACUUCAAUCGACACACACUCUGGAGAGUGGUUUGGUCCGUACCCUAACCAAAGCCAUUUCAGCUCGUCUUUCGAUCAAUUCGCAUUCGCUGUGGAGACGUCUGAUCAUUUCACGGUACGCUUCUCUACUAUCAUUGGCAGCAAAGUAUACAUCGCUGUCAGCGAAUUACAGUCUGUGAUCUACCAAAGUAGCUGGAGAGCGUUUGAUGAAAAACUUGCACAAGGAGUCGGUGGGCAAUUCCCCGGCCUGUUCUGGGUCGAGUGCGGUGACGGUAAGCUUGAUGUGAGAGGGGAUGGAAACCAGCAGACGUCCUUCCUUCAUCUGGAGGACGAUAGUGGUCUUCUUCGUAACAUCUCGCACGUUGAGUUGUCGGGUCCGGCCAAGUGGCAGAUCUUUAGCCCAUGUUAGCUGUGGCGUGUCAGCACGUCUGGGGUCGUUUUAGUACCUUUUGAUGUAGGGUCGAGGGCAAAUCCCCGAUAAACAUCGCUGUCCACUCACUAAAGUGAAGUUUCUGCACUCCUCGCAACAUCUUGCAUUAAGAUAAUAACCAUUAGAAUA